CCGGCGGCUACACUCAGGGAGCUUAAUACUUAAGUCUUUACCACUGUUGUCUUUAAUACCGCGAGUUGUGAAAAAUUUGGUGUUGUGUGCUGUUUGCGUGUGUGUGUGAAAAGAUGUAGAGGAAAGUACUCUUUGUUGGAUUGGUUUAGCUGUCAGGAUGUGUUGUACAAAGCAUGCAGACUUGAAACGUUGAAAAAACAACUGCAAUUUUUGACAGUUACUGAAAAUGAAGCUUUAUUGCUUGAGCAGCGAUCCUAACAAGCCUUGCCAUAUAUUGAGGUUCAAGGAAAUCACAUUAAUGCUUGACUGUGGCUUGUCAGCUCAGACAGUUCUUAAUUUUUUACCUUUGCCAUUAGUACCGAGUGCAAGGCUAAGUAAUUUGCCAGGAUGGAUGCCAAGAGAUGUGUCCGAUCCGCAGUUGGAGGGAGAACUGAAAGAGUGUUGUGGAAGAGUUUUUGUGGACUCUGCACCGGAAUUUUUCCCACCACAACCGAAGAUUGUAGAUUUUGCUGAAGUUGAUGUUAUACUUAUAUCAAAUUAUUUAUGUAUGUUAGCUCUCCCUUUUAUUACUGAAGGCACAGGAUUUGCUGGGGUUGUAUAUGCCACAGAACCGACCCUCCAAAUUGGAAGGUUGUUUCUUGAAGAGCUGGUUCAACAUAUUGAACAAACACCAAAGGCCACAGUUGCUACACAUUGGAAGGAACAGCUGCAUGUCCUACCCCCACCUUUAUGUGACAGUCAAAAGCCUCGAAACUGGAAGCAUAUUUACAAUAUGCAAACAGUAAAUGACAGUUUAUCAAGAAUACAAAUGGUGGGGUAUAAUGAGAAGUUGGAUGUGUAUGGAGGUUUGGGAGUAAUGGCUGUGAGUUCAGGUUACUGCCUGGGCUCCAGCAACUGGGUUAUAAGUUCGCAUUAUGAGAAGAUUGCCUAUGUGAGUGGAUCCUCAACACUUACAACACAUCCAAGGCCAAUGGAUCAAGUUGCUUUGAAGAAUUCAAAUGUUCUAAUAUUGACAGGCCUAACACAGACACCAACUGCCAACCCAGAUUCAAUGCUAGGAGAACUCUGCAUGACAGUUGCAAAUACAUUACGAUGUGGUGGCAAUGUUCUGAUACCGUGCUAUCCUUCUGGUGUUGUAUACGAUCUUUUCGAGUGCCUGUCAAGUCAUCUGGAUAAUUCGGGGAUGUCAACAGUACCCUUAUAUUUCAUAUCACCUGUUGCAGAUACAUCAUUGGCAUAUUCUAACAUUCUUGCUGAAUGGUUAUCAACCACCAAGCAGAAUAAAGUCUACUUGCCCGAAGAGCCAUUUCCACAUGCAUUUCUUGUUCGAAAUGGGCGCUUGAAACAUUUCAAACAUAUUUUUACAGAAGGUUUCAGCACAGACUAUCGUCAGCCCUGUGUUGUAUUUUGUGGACAUCCCAGCUUGAGGUUUGGAGAUGCAGUACACUUCGUGGAGUUGUGGGGCUCCAAUUCUCUCAACACUGUAAUUUUUACUGAGCCUGAUUAUCCAUAUCUUGAGGCACUUGCUCCAUUUCAGCCAUUGGCUAUGAAAGCCGUGCAUUGUCCAAUUGACACUAGUCUAAACUUUACACAAGCAAACAAACUCAUCCGAGACUUAAAGCCAGGAACAUUAGUGCUGCCAGAAUCUUACAAGCAGCCUCCUAUCACUGCACCUCAUCGACUGGAUUUGGUUAUUGAUACGGACCGUCCAUUGAUAACAUUCAAGCGAGAUGAAGUUUUGACAUUACCUUUGAAGAGGAAACAAACUCAGGUUGAGUUAAGCCCAGAACUGGCAGAAAAUUUACUCCCGAGUGAAGUGAGAUCUGGUGUGGCUCUUGCAACAUUAACUGGAGGAAUCCAUGUCAGAGAUAACAAACACACUUUAAAAGUGCUUGUGGAUGAAGUUAAACCACAUUCAUCAGUGUCCAGCAAGAAGCGGAUUAGAGGUGUUGAAGAAAUGUUAAACAAAAAACCUACAAACUACACCUGGGGAUCUUUAGAUAUUGAUGAAUUUGUCCAAAAGAUAACACAAGAAGGCAUAACAGACGCAAAAGUGGAGCAGGUCUCUAGUGGAUACAUUAUUCAUCUGCCAAAUGAAGAUACUUUAAUCCAGGUGGAGGAUGCAUCAACUCAUAUAAUUUGUGAUGGAGACAUACAACUGAGGCAGAAGCUGCGUACCAUUCUUCUUCAAUGUCUUAACAAAUUUUGAUCAUUUGUGGUGUAUUUCAUCAUUCUAAGUUUCAUGAAUACAACAAUUUUUUUUGUAGUUCUUAUGACAAAGUGAAUGAUUCAUCUUGUAUAUGCAACAAUUUGUGUCAGAUAGAAAAACUGUAAGUAACUUUUCAGAUUCAAGUACAUUCGAAGACAUGCAUGGGAAAAUGGGCUAAUCCUGAAAUGUAAAAGCUUAGAGAAAAGUGUUGCCAUCUGUUGCUGGGUACAUUGGUCUCACCAGUAAAUGUCCUAAUGUGAUAUUUAGUGUGAGACCAAUGUCAAGUUUGAUAGUUUCCAUAUCUGGCAACAGAUGGCAACACUUUUCUCUAAGCUUUUACAUUAAUUUGAGGGUCAACCCAUUUUUAUGUGCAUGUCUUCAUUUAUUCAGCAUCAGAAGAAAGGAACAAAAACACUUGAUCUUUCUGAUUAUGAUUGAACAAAAAUUUAUUGACAUGCCUUUUUUUCUGAUGAAUCACUUUUUAUUUCCUCACUCAGUUUUUUUUGCAAUACAGAUAGCUAUCAAAUUUUCCUUUACAGAUAAAAUCUAAUACAUUUUACUUAUAUGUAUUUAGGUAUAAGACUAUUUCAAUUAUACGAAGUUUCUCUGACAAAUUUAACUUCAAAUUUGUUGUAAA